CUCACCGCAAAGAGCCGGAGCCCCGAAGUGCGACUUGGAGCGUGGACACAACUUUGACAUCGCCACCGAGGGUCGACAAAAACCCUGCUCUGGAAGCGAUGCCGAUAGAGGUCUCCCUCAGGCGGUGAGCCGCCCGGCGCACAGUCCCAGGCGCCAUGGCGGUGCUGCCCAUAGCCCCGGGCGAGGUCUACAUCGAGGUGGAGUACGACUAUGAGUAUGAGUUCAAGGGGCGCGUGGUGGUCAUCCAGCAGGGCGAGUGCUACAUGCUGGUGAAGAAGGCUAACGAAGACUGGUGGCAGGUGAGGAAGGAGGAAGGGACCAAAUCCUUCUACGUGCCGGCCAGCUACGUCCGCGAAGUGCGCAAAGCCCUCAUGCCCCCCCCUAAACCUCUGCAGCACCCCCCCGCCGCCACCGAGUCCACGCCUCCACGCGGCGGGGGGGCGCUGUGGGUGAAGCCGACCAGUCUGCAGCUGCCGCCCCACGGCCCGUCCACCGACAACCUCCCGCGCCACGAGUCCAGCUAUCGGCGCUCGCCCUCCGCGCACGCCGCCCCCUCGGGGAAUUUCAGCCCCCCCACCCAGCGCCGGGGCAGCGACCACCAACCCCACCUCCAACCCCACCCCCCCGGCUCGCCCACCGACCACGACCGGGCUCUGUCGGACGUCGGAGCGCCCCGGCCCCCUCCGAAAGGGGGGCACGGCCCUCUCCGGGCCCGAUCCCCGGACCCGGGCCGGGCCCCUGCGGACGCCGGCCGACACGGCGACUCCGCGGGCGAAGAGAGACGCACCAACGACUCCGAGUCGGGAGACGAACUGAGCAGCAGCUCCACGGAACCCCCCCAGACGGCGUCUUCCCGCCGCUCUGAGUCGCCCGUCUACACCAACCUGCAGGAGCUGAAGAUCACCGGGAGCCACGUGCCCCCCCUCCCCUCCGGCUCCUCGCUCCACGUGAUGGGCGACUGGGAGACCUUCAAGGACCAGAGCGGCAGGCACUUCUACUACAACCGCUCCACCCAGGAGAGGACCUGGAAGCCCCCGCGGGUCAAGGACACCAGCGGGGGGAGCUCCAGGGGCGAGAGCCACAGCGCGGGGGAGAGCUCCGAGACCACUCCUCUCUCGCCCUCUUUCUUCCCCUUCUUCUCGCUCUCCAUUGGGCGCCUCCAGCCUCUGUCGUCGUCGGAGGACGCCUGCUUCAGCCGGCCGGAGGGUCGCUGCGGCUGGUCGGAGGAGCUGGACGAGCGCGGCCACACGCUGUACGUCAGCGAGCAAACCCACGAGAAGUGGUUAAAACACGUGGACGAGCAGGGACGGUCGUACUACUACAGCGCCGACGGGUCCAGGUCGGAAUGGGAGCUGCCCAAGUUCAAGCACCCCCCCCCCCAGCCGUCGGGGGACGCUCUAAAGAGCCACAGUCUGGACAGGAAGCGCGCCGACCCCAUCGUCCUCACCAAGUUGAGGCACAGCGUCUACCUCCAGGACGCCAACGACAAGGACGCUCCUCCGAGCCCCAAGCCCACCUCCCCCGGCUCUGCCUGCUGCCCUCCGUCCCCCUCUGCCUCCCCGUCUGAAAAGUGCAGCGAUCUGAACGUGACGAAGAUCACCGAGCACGGCAAGAAAGUGCGGAAGAACUGGACGUCCUCCUGGACCGUUCUGCAGGGCUCCACGCUGCUGUUUGCCAAAGGCCAAGGAGGCGCCACCAGCUGGUUCGGAGGGGGUCAGACGCAGCCGGAGUUCACUGUGGAUCUGAGGGGGGGCUCGGUGGAGUGGGCCUCCAAGGACAAAUCCAGCAAGAAGCACGUACUAGAGGUGAAGACUCGGCAGGGCACAGAGCUGCUGAUCCAGUCCGACAACGAGAGCUUGAUCAACGAGUGGCACCAGAAGCUGCAGGAGACCAUCAGCACGCACGCCUGGGAGUCGGACGAGGCCAUCGAGGAGGACUUGCCCGAGUCGCCCGUUGCAGAGAAACCCGACAAAGAGAAAGACCUCCGAGACUCCAAGAAGGGCCGAGGCGUAAAGACCUCCACCAGCAUGGACACCUCGGACAACAAGAAGACCCGACACAAGCUGAAGAAGUUCCUGACCCGCCGUCCCACGCUGCAGGCCGUCAGGGACAAGGGCUACAUCCAAGACCAGGUGUUCGGCAGCAGCCUGUCCAGCCUGUGCCACAGGGAGAGCAGCACGGUGCCCACCUUCGUCCGGAUGUGCAUCGACCACGUGGAGAACAACGCUCUGUCUGUAGACGGGCUGUACAGAGUCAGCGGGAACCUGGCGAUCAUACAGAAGCUGCGCUUUGCAGUCAACCACGAUGAGAAGGUGAACCUGAACGAUGAGAAGUGGGAGGACAUCCACGUGACCACUGGAGCCUUGAAGAUGUUCUUCAGAGAGUUGCCCGAGCCGCUCUUCACCUACACCUUCUUCCACGACUUUGUCGGCGCCAUCAAGAAUUCAGACUACAAGCAGCGAGUUCAGUCCAUCAAGGAUCUGGUCCGACAGCUUCCCAAACCGAACCAGGACACCAUGCAGGUGCUCUUCAAACACCUCAGGAAGGUGAUCGAGCACGGCGAGGAGAACCGCAUGACCACCCAGAGCGUGGCCAUCGUGUUCGGGCCCACGCUGCUGAGGCCCGAGACGGAGACCUGGAACAUCGCGGUCCACAUGGUCUACCAGAACCAGAUCGUGGAGCUGAUUCUGCUCGAGUACGAGAACAUUUUCUGCAGGUAGAAAGAGACGCCUGGAUGAGCCUCUUUCUCCCCCCCCUCACCCCUCCCAUCGCAGAGCCCGGUUUAGCCCGGCCUGGAUUGGAUUGGCUCGGCUCGGCUUCUUUUCAUCUCAGUCCAUCCUGCGUGGGGGGGGGGGGGGGGGGCAGCUCUACUGGCGACCAAAACCAAAACUCUUUUGCACUUUCCAGAGUGUCGUCGUUCUGCUGCAGCUUUUCUGCCACUUUGCUGCACAAAGGUGAGUCCUGCUGUCGCAACACUGGAUUCUUAAAUCCCACCGAGACCAAAGCCAAAGGACGGGCCUGUAUAAGCCCAUCUGUGUAUCCCCCCCCGCGUGGAACACACUGGAAACCUGAGAGGUUCAGACACUGAGAGGAGGAGGAGGCUUCUGUACUUGGUUUAAAGUAUUUUCUUUCAUUCCUCCUAAUUCCAUCCCUCGCUGUGACCCCGACCCACUGGACCGGGUCCUCUAAACACAUUGUAAUAUAAAUCUGCAGUUUCCUUUCAGCUUUAAGAACAAAUCCUCUUCUAGUGGUCAGAAGUUUAUAAUAAAUAUCAAAGGUACUCAGCAGUGUCUUUGCUGGACAUGAUGAAUCUGUACAGUGUUUUAUGCGUGUGGAUGAACAGAAUCAAUGACACAUAGUAAAUAUAAGUAUGUAUGUCUGCCAACACGAGCUGAAUGUACAUCUGGAGAGGAACUGUUGGCUUUAACAAACUGGAAUAAAGAGCUCUAAUAAGAGGAAUUUCCAAAGGAGA